GCGAGUUCUCAGGUAGUCCAAGAGUUACAUGAAUCCACAGAGUUCCACUCUGCUCUGGAAUCCCACUUGGUUCAUGUUGUUCAAGAUGUUCAUGAAGAUGAUGAAGUUUAUGAAAUCCACGACGUUCAAGAGAUUUGUGCCGUACAACAAGUCCUGGAAGCUCAUGAUGCACAGGAAGUUCAUGCAAUGCAAGAGGUUCAUGAAAUCCACGAACUUCAUGAUAGUACUCUUGUCCAAGAGAUCCACGAAGAGAUUGGUGAGAUCGAAGAUGUCCAUGAAGUCCAUGAAGUGAAUACUGUCAAAGCUUCUGGAAAAUCAGUUGAGUUUGUCGAGUACAGCACUGCUGAGAUUGCUGAGGUUACUGCUCUUCUAGAUUCAGCUGUUUCUGAACAGCAUGUACACCAUGAACACCAUGAACAUCAUGAACAAUAUGUACAGCAGGUACAUCAUGAACAGCAUGAGAGCCUGGAGAAGCUGGAAAAAACUCUAGACGCCACCAGGUUAAGUACUGCUGAACCCGGAAGUAGGGAUUACCUAAUCCACAAGCGAACAUCUCUAUCUCACACCCCGGAUAUUCUCAGGGUACUCGGUAAUACAGGGACACAGGCUCAGCACAAGGUUUAUGAAUUUCAGAAGGUAAAGAACGAACUGCGCCGUGUAGAAGAUCAAGUAAUUCUGGAUGCACGACGCGGAGCACAACUUCCUGAGUUUGCAGAACUCAACCUCAAGGAGGUAUCAGGGUCCCAUCAGGAACUGAAGGGGGUAUUAGGGUGCCACCAGGAGAUGACAGAAACCCGGAAACAAUCCCACGAGAGGAUAAUAGAUCUGAUCCCUGGUCCGCUAAACAUAUCUGCAAACCAUCCUUCUCAUUUAACAAAAGAGAAGCGAACCAAUCCAUCAACCCUGCAGACACAAAACCAACCAGCACAUCCAACAACCCAUUCUGCCAAACCAGGGGUCGGAUCCAAAAAGGAGGCGGUGAAGCAGACUAAAAGGGAAGGAGAUAAGAGAGCAAAAACUGGUCCCGGCACUACGAAAGAGAGAACAAAAUCUUCAAAAGUUGGACAGAGCAUAGUCAUGGGUUCAGAGAAACCGCAGUACUUACAGCUGAGCCUGGAUCAGAUAAGAGAUCUAGCACUACAGCAGAGUAAAGGAGAACUAGAACUCUCAAAUAUAAACACUGAGUCCUGCUGUAUACACUCCAACGGUGAUAAGGUGGAGAACAAGAAGAAUAAACCAACUAAACCCCGGAAGGUUCUUUCAUCUGGAAAUAAAGAAAACAACAAGACAAUCUUAAACCUCGGAAAUUCCGACCCGAAAACAACUUUGAAUGCUCCGAAACUUAUCUCAAAAGUUAAACCAUCUGAUGUUUCAGCACCAAGAGCUAAAUCUCAGGGAGGAGGAACCGAAACAAGAAACGGAAGUCUUGAAUCUCCAGGUCUUAUCAAAGAUGCAGGAACUCGUACUAACGGAACCACCCGGAGCAACCCUAGAGCACGUUCUGCUCCUAAACCUGAGAAGAAGCGUGAGGAGCCAAAACGAACAGUUUCUCCAACCAGGAAAGUUUCUCCUGAACAAGGACGUGUUGCAUCUCCAGUCAGGAAUCCAGGGAUGGAUACAAAAUCAGCUUCACCUAAACCUAAAACUGCGGAGAAUCCUGUCGAGGACGAAGAUCCAAGAAAACACUCAUCCUCCUCCACCUCCUCCAUGUCCUCACUAGAGAAUGCUCGAAACUCUAAGAAAAAUUCAACUGAGAAACCAACUGCAAAAAAGAUUUCCCGAAAUCCAAGUUUUACGGAACGCGCUCCAUCUAAACCUACCGAGGUCAACGUGAAGGGUGGAUUUCUAGCUCCUACCAGAGCCUGGUUGUCCCAUAUGGGAGAGAAGAUAAAUUAUAAAUCCCGGAGUCCGUCUCCGAUGAACAAGGAAGGACAGAGAAGCAGCACUACACCCCGACAACCACUGGAUAGAACCCCUUCUCCACGUAGACCUAGAGAUUCGUCAACAGAGUCGGAGACUAAACCUAAACCUGGCUCCGGUAGGGUUCGGAAACCCGGAGAUAAGGAUCCAGGUCUACCCAGUGUUAAACGGACAUCUUCCAUGCGAGCCAAGCCAACCCCUGUUGUCCCCACUGUUUCCCUAAAAAGGUCUGCCAGCCUGAAAAAAGCUUCAGCCCCAAUUAAGGAUCUACAAACCAAGCCGAUUAAGGCCAGAUCUGGUAAUAAAUCUGAGAAGGACCAAAACACAGGGGGGUUAAAGAAGGAUCAAAACACGGUAGGUUCUAAAAAGAACGAAAAUGCUGGAAGUAUAAAGAAGGAACCCCCUCCUGUUCCUCCUAAGCCCGACAAAGCUACAAUAGAACGGAUUGAAGCUUGUAGAGAGGAAGGAUUAGAACUCAGUUCCACAAAACUGGAUUUAUCUAACACUAAUUCUAACUGUUCCGCCGAGGUAUUGGAGAAUGGGGUAUUUAAAAGCUCCGCCACUCUGUCCAACUCCGCCUCUCUCUCGGCUAGCGUGAUCGAAUCAGGAGUUGAGGAAACCUCGAUAUCUGCCACAUCUGUAAUACAGAAGUUCGAAACCGAAGCUUCGAUGCUUGCAAGUUCUAACUCGAAUCUAAGCAAGUCAAUGACGACCACAAUGAGCAUUAGCUCCGCCCAGGAGGUGUUGAGCUCCGCCGAAGUGGAAAUGAGCUCCGCCAAGACGAUCUCGAGCUCUGUUAAGAAAAGUUCGACAGGUUCGAGUUCAGGAGAAAAGAAGAAUGUAAAGAGUGAGAAGAGUUCAGCUCGGAAUACUGGUAAGUUCAAAAGUAUACUCGAAUCUAUGGACAUAACGUUUUAUACAUACAUUUGUAAUUACAGAAAUCCUUAAAUAUAGAUAUAUACA